AUGACGGGCUCGCAGCCGGGGCCUACCGGACCCGAAACGGGGCACGCCCCGAUGAUCCACAUGCCGACGGCCCACCCGGACGGCCCGUUACCGGGGCCGGAGCGCCCCGGCGGGUACAACACACCCCGGCGCCUCUCCAACGGCAGCACCAGCUCCGUCACCAGCAGCGUCGUGUCCGGCCACGACAGCAGCUUCGACGGCCGCGUGCGCGCCGCCUCCGUAACCAGCAGCCAGACGAGCGUCGACUCCUACAGCCCCCGGGGCUCCGGCGGCGGGCCCGUGACGUGGCAGACCCAGAACGGCGGCGCCGCGGGCCAGAACUACCCCUGGCAGCGGCCCGCGCCCAUCAAGCAGCGGCGGAAGGCACAGCCCGGGGAGCUCUUCGCGGCGCUGCCGGGCGAGGUGCUGGAGCUGAUCCUGGGCGAGCUGCGCAAGCUGCACCUGGAGCCGGGGAGCAGCAGCUGCGCGACGUGCUGGAUGCGCGACUGCUGCGCGGUCGCCGUCAGCGCCCGCAAGUUUGUCAAGUACGCCCGCGAGGCGUUGUACCAGCACGUCCACCUGGUGGGACACGAGGGGCCGGCUAUGAAGAAGCGGACCAAGACGACGUACGGGUCGAGGCUGGUGCUGCUGCGCCGGACGCUGAGGGCGAACGCGCAUAUCGCGGUAAUCGUGCGUUCGCUGAAGCCGCCGGCGCGGCCGCUUUCGGUUGGGGCCAUCGCGUACAACGAUCUGGUCGCGUCGGUGGUGAUGGCGUGUCCGAACCUGGAACGGCUGGUCGGGUAUUAUCCGACAUAUGACCACUCCUUCCAGAGGGUGUUCCAGGCGUUAUCGACCCGGACGAAGUUGAAGGAUAUGAACUGGAUCCUGGAGCCCUCGGUGCAGCAACGCCAGCUGAGGACGCGGUCGCCUGCGCACAACGAUCGGUGGGGUCCAGCAGAUCUACAGCCGCAGGAGUCGCAGCUGUAUAUGGGGUUCCACGCAAACUGGAGGCAACUAACCACGCUUGUUGUUCACUGCCAGCCAGGGGCAGCGUUGAGUCCUGCCAACUUGCUGGAAUGUACGAUUCGGUCGCUGCCGUCGUUGCAGAACCUGUACCUCUCACACCUACCACCCACGACAUUCAACGAUACCCACCUUCUCGCGCUCCCACCCCUCAAAACGCUAUCUCUGAGCUACUGUACCGGCGUGACAACAGCAGGCCUCUCCUCACUCGCAACACGACGAACCAGCGCCUCGAUCCAAACCCUCACCCUACUCCACAUGAACGUCGAGUCACUUCCAGCCAUCGCCCGCAUCUUCUCCUACCUCACCGCCCUCCAAACCUUCACCAUCGUCCAGACCUUCGCCCCCGAAAUGCCGCCCGACGAAUUCAUCAUGCUCUUCCCCUACCUCGCCUCCCAAUCCAUCCGCAAACUCCACUGGGACAUCCCCUACCUCCCCGACACCAGCACCCCCGCCGACGGCAUCCUCUCGCGCAGCAUAUCCGCGGGAGGGUUCCCCGCCCUCCGAUCCCUGUGCACCCCCAACGACCCAGAAGGCCUCUUCCAAUCCCUCUGCAUGCCCCGCGAGCGCAUCGACCACCCCGCAGACCGCUACCAAAACCCCACCACCACCACCACCACCACCACCACCACUCCCACCGGCGGCCGCGGCAGCGCCCUCCCCUGGAGCCACACGCGCAACAACUCCAGCUUCAGCUCGACCCGCACCGGCGGCAGCACCAGCAACAACGGCGGAGGCAUCAUCAACUUCCGCCCCGGCAGCAGCAACGGCACCAAACCCAACCUCAACACCAACACCCCCCCCGAAAGCCCCAUGUUCCCACCCGCGGACGCCCUCAUCCCCCGCGCCAACAGCAACCUGGUGCGCGCGCGCCUCGCCGCCCAGACACGCCUGGAAGCGGCGCGCCGGGUGCCGCGCUACGCGGUGCGCGUGGCCGACGAGCGCGGGGUGGUCGUGGAGUCGUUCGCCGUGGGCGCCUUUCUGGGGCGCGUCGAGUCCCGCGUGCGGUAUGUAUUGGCGGCGGAUGUGGGGUGUGGUGCGUCGGAUGAGGGGGGCGGGGUGGUGGCGGUGGAGGAUUUGGUUAGGGAGGAUGGGGGGGAGAUGGUUGGUUUGUUAUCUGGUGAUGGGGAUGGGGGGGAUGGUGGGAAAGGGGGGAAGAAGUCGAGGAGGAGGGGCGGUGGGGGUGGGGUGGAUCGGGAUGGGGAGAGUGAUGUGGAGGGGGCGGGUGGCGGGAAUAAGGGGAGGAGGGAGGGGUGUGUGGGCAGGUGGAAUACGUUUAGUGGCGUGGUGGUGGACAAGAAGGAUAAGGAGCGCUGGGGGCAUCAGGAGAGGGGGCGGUGGAGAGCGCUGGUGCUCACGUAA